GUCAGGUGGAACUGUGAGCAUUGUGACCUCACAGUGUAGGUAGGUGGGGAGGCCAUCCUCUCUAGCUUGGCUCCAGAACCUUCCCAUCAGAGGAUGCCAUUAUGAGUACCUCUCCAUCUUUAAGAAAGGGAAACUGAAGGCAUAAAACAGGAAGAGUUGGGUCAGGCCUUCAGGGGCAGGGUAGGGGUGCCAGCUGAGGCUCCAGGAACCAGGCCAAGUCACACCGAGCUUUUCCUUGGUAGACAUUUUGUGACACACAGAAUAACAUUCCAUGUGCUGUACUUACUGCGGAAAAUAAAAGUGCAAGAGACUGUCUGGCUAGUUGUUUCUCUGGAAGCUAAAAUGAACUUAUUUUUGCCCUCCUGCUGGCCUUUGCAGGCUAUGUCUCUAUGGGAAGUGGAUUAAUAAUGUUCCUCCAAAGAGGCUGGCACCCUAAAACCAGCACAUGUUAAGUUACACAGCAAAGGGGAGCUGAAGGUAGUAGAUGGAGUUACGGUCACUAAGCUGACCUUGAGGUGGGGCGACUAUCCUAGAUUAUACACGUACACCCAGUGCCAUCAGUGGAAGAGGGAGACAGAGAAGUCGCCUUGCUGGCUUUGAAGGUGGAGGUGGAACCAAGAGCCAGAAGCUGGAGACAGCUAGGAAACAGGUCCUUUCUUAUAGACUCCAGUGGGGAAUGUGGCCCUGCCAACACCACCUAGAUUUUAGCCCAGCAAGACCCACUUUGAACUUGUGACCUCUGGAGCUGGAAGAUGGUACAUUUGUGUUUUGAGUCACUAAACUGGUGGGCAUUUGUUACAGCAGCAGCAGGAGGUGGGUACAAAGCUCCUGAAAGAUCCGUGGAGAGGAAACAAAUUCUACCAUCAGUUGUGACAAGGGUCUUUCUACGGUGCGUUCAUUCAUAUUUCUACUCAACAAACAUUAAGCAUCUAGAAUGCUCCGGGCACUGACUAUGGGGUUGAGCAGAACCAACUCCCAUCUCAAGGAUGAGGUAGAGUGGAUGCAGAACUCUUCGUGUGUACCAGCCCACAGAUCCUGGAGCAGUGGCUGGGCAGCCAUGGCUGGGGCACAUCAUGGGCUGGGCAUGUUGCUGGCAUUACUGCUGCCUGCAGCCCCCACCUCCUUGACGGGCACUACGAUCCGAAUCAACAGUGCAGCAUUGAGCUACGUGUCUGAUGUCGGGAAAGCCCCUCUCCAGCAAGCCCUGAAGGUCAUGGUUCCUCCUUUCCUGGACCAGAGUGGUGACGUGCAUCUGCCUAUCAGGAUCCAGAUUCUAGAUGUCCAUGUGCCCCACCUUGACCUGAAAUUCAUUGCUGGUUUUGGGAUACAUCUGAUGGCAACAGCCAAUUUUACCAUCAAGGUCUUCUGCAUCCCUGAAGCUCUGGAGCUGAUGAUGCCUGUGGCACUGACAGCAGACGCUCGUGUGGCCCAGGGUCCCAUCAGGACCCCUGUUGUCAGCAUCUCCUCCUGCUCCUCCAACUUCAGCCCCGCCAGUGUGCUUGGGGACAAUAACAGCACCUCCCCUGAGCUGCUGAUCCUGGUACAGAAGCACAUUAGAGCCAUCCUGAGCAACAAGCUAUGCCUGUACAUCUCCAACCUGGUACAAGGCCUCAAUGUCCACCUGGGCACCUUGAUUGGCCUCAGCCCUGUGGGUCCUGAGUCCCAGAUUCGCUAUUCCAUGGUCGGCGAGCCCAUCAUCACUGGUGAAUACAUUGCCUUGGAUGUCAACGCCGACCUCUUCUUGCUGGGUCAGCCCAUCACCCUGACCCUGGAUGCCACCCCCUUCGUGUUACCCUGGCCUGUGGGCACCAGGGGAACCAUGGCGACCAUGGGCCUCUCCCAGCAACUGUUCGACUGUAUUCUGCUGCUGCUGCAGAAAGCUGGCGCCCUUAACCUGGAUGUCACAGGGGAGCUGAAUUCUGAUGACAACCCUCUGAACACCUCUGCAAUGGGCCAGCUCAUCCCUGAGGUGACCCGCCAGUUCCCCAAGCCCAUGCCCAUAGUGCUCAAGGUUCAUCUUGGUGCCACACCCGUGGUCACAUUCCAUACCAACAAUGCCACCCUGCGGCUGCAGCCUUUUGUGGAAGUCCUGGCUGCGUCCUCUAACUCAGCUUUCCAGUCCCUCUUCUCCCUGGAAGUGGAGGUGAACCUGAGCCUGCAGCUCUCAGUGUCCAAGGUGAAGCUCCGGGGCACCACGUCUGUGCUGGGGGACAUCCGGCUUGCGGUGGCUGCCUCCAAUGUGGGCUUCAUUGACGUGGAGCAGGUACACGCACUCGUGGGCACCCUGUUCAAGAAGCCACUGCUGGCCCACCUCAAUGCUCUCCUGGGCAUGGGAAUCGCCCUCCCCAGUGUGGUCAACCUCAACUACAUCAACCCUGAGGUCUUUGUAUAUGAGGGAUAUGUCGUGGUAUCCAGUGGACUUUUCUACCAGCGCUGAGGCAGGGCCCCCGGGAGGGCUGAGAGGGAGCCAGCCUUGCUGCUCAGGAACCUUCUUCCCUCAAGCCACUGGGGCAACUGAGGCACAGGCAUCAUGGCCAGCAGACCAGUCCUCCUGGUGGGGCUGUCUAAUCUUCACCAAGUACCUGGAUUCCUCUCCUUCACUCCUUCCUUGUCUCUUCUCCCCACGGCAUCCUCCACCCCUUCUGGGGAGAAAGCUUGCUCCUCCAGGUUGCCCAGAUCUCUCUCCUCAUGCAUUAAACCUCUCUUGAGCUGCAAGUUCCAGCCAAA